UUGGCCGUUUUUGCUGAGUUAGAAUCACUUAAUAAUUCAAUAUCAGAAGCAAUGGAUGUGGGUGAAAGCAAAAUAUUAUCAAGAAGAAAAAGAUACCUGAUAUUUCCAGAUGGCAGCUCUCUUCAACUUGUAUUCUGUACCCAAAACCACGGCUACAUCCAGCUCAGCGACAUCGUGUGGAUCGGCAACACGGCUGCCCUAGCAUGGACGUUACCCACGGACCCCUCAAUAUUCGGCUACUUCAGGAAUCAGUUGAAGGAACCGUACAGUAUACGGAGACAAGAUACCAACAAACAUAUUUACUACUUAGAUGAAGACGGGAAGUUAGUAGCGAAAGUACCAUAUAAGAGGUAA